CCGUUAGCUUCACGCAGCGCUCCUCCUCAUCCUCCUCCUCCGUGACAUCCCUGUUUCUCUCAAAUCUAAGAAUGCGCGACUUCCACCUUCGGUAGACACAGAAGAGUUAGAGGCCUGCUUUAUGUUACAAGAAGAUGAAACUAUGAGGAUAAAAAGAUAAAGAACAGCUUCCGGUUUAAGUCCCAAUUAAGUUAAAAGAUGGUGGAGUAAAGAUGUUUGCUGUUGACUGACGUCCACUCCGAGAAACAAAAUGAAGAGGAGGCUGCUGCGUGGUUUCCUGUCAGAAAUUUCCAUCCGGCUGGCGCUGUUGGUGGUGUUCCUUGUGACGGAGCAGCUUCCUCCUUUCUACCGUGAGAUCCAGGCAGAGGAGAUGUGGCUGUAUAAAUUCCACCGCGUGGAGAAGGACCAUGUACCCACCUCUCUUAUGUUUAGUGUGGCGGUUUGCACCCCCCUGAUUGUAAUCCUGGCUUUCACCUUCCUGAAUAAGUCGGAGCGUGGCGAUCUGAAGGAAGCCUCACUGGCUGUGACUCUGACUCUAGUGCUGAACGGGGUUUUCACGAAUGUCAUCAAACUUGUAGUUGGCAGGCCACGACCAGACUUCUUCUACCGCUGUUUCCCAGACGGUCAGAUGAAUCUGGAGCUGCGAUGCAGUGGUGACCCAGAUGUCAUCAUGGAAGGCAGAAAGAGCUUUCCCAGCGGGCAUUCUUCCUUUGCCUUUGCAGGUUUGGGCUUCACAGCGCUCUACAUUGCAGGAAAGCUGCGCUGCUUCACUGCAGCAGGCCAAGGCCGAGCGUGGCGGCUGUGUGCCUUCCUCACUCCUUUACUCAUUGCAGCUGUGAUCGCUCUCUCCAGAACCUGUGACUACAAACACCACUGGCAAGAUGUGCUGGUGGGGUCUCUGCUGGGUCUCGCCUUCGCCUGGCUGUGCUACAGGCAGCACUACCCUCCUCUUCGGGACCCAGACUGCCACAGACCUCUGCGUCACAGAGAGACUGUUCCUGCCGCACAGGAGCGCAAGCUGGCCAACUCCACCUACAUCCUGCCCAUGUAGAAAAGCUGUAACUGCAUUUUCCUCUUUGCUGGUGUCAUUUAAACUGGGUUGCACAGUAAUCCAUGUAAUACUGGUUUUCACAUCUUUAGGGCUGGGCAGCAUAUCGGUAUUUAAGUUGAUCAUUAAUCAUUGUCAAUGUAUUCUCUGGGUUUUCUUUUUUUUUAGAGGGAGACAUGAUACACAGUUUCUUUUCUGGAAUGAAAUUGCAUCAAUUACCGGUUCAAAUUUUCUCCUGCAUUGUUUCUGAAACCCUUGAGAGCUACACUAGCACAUUAGCAGUUGUCUUUCUAGUCCCGUAAUUACCCAGCAAACAUGGUCAAAACCCAGAUGAUAUCUCCCAGGUCAAAAGAGGUCGCAGUACGACCACAAAAACUAAACCGUAGACAGAUGUAUGUCAGUGUUGUUUCAGCGUAGAAUAGAGGCAAGGUCAGACAGCCUCUUGCAAAGUGAGAAAUAAUAAAUUGGGUUACUGCAAAAACACUUUAUAUUUUUACAGUUUUCUGCAUCUAAACUGUAUUUCAUUUGUGGCACAGUGAACUUUAUGCAUUGAACUUUUACAAUUAUCCCCUCCCUGUCCUCGAUGUCAGUGUCAUAGACUCAGGAAAGCUCAGGAAAAGAAAGAGGUCACACUUGACAUGAUUAUUUUUUCUCCUGAUUCCUCCUCUCGAGACACUUCUUUGUUUUAUUCUCAUCAAUAAGGAGAUAGUGAGGAAAAAAAUCUUGAACACAAGCUUUCUCUUACUAGAAAGUCCAACAAUGAUGUCAGUUAAUCUCAUGUAUUUUUCCAACUGUGACUUGAUGUCUGAAAAUUCUGCCGUGACAGUUAUUCAGUGUCGAAAUGUUUGCUGGGUACAGAUGGGAUAUCUCAUUAUCAUGAUGCUGUUCUCCACGUGGCCCAGCUCUGCACACUCUGUGUAUUGUGCCUAUAGAUCACAUACUUUACUCACAACAGCUGAGCAGGUUAUCUACACAGCCACUGUACAAAUAGUCCACCACUCAUCAGUCUCUGGCUCAGCUGCUGUGAAAGAGUUUUUCAUGUGAGAAUCACUUUGUGAUUGUUUUAUAAACUUGCAACUUUGUAAAGAAGUAGGGUUGAGGCUUAAAGGGAAGCUAACUGCACUCUGAGGUUCAUUUCUGUGCAUAGACGCCUCCUCUUGUGAGAAGAAUCGAAACUCAAUGCCUGAGAAUUUUUCACCAUCUGUUUCGGUCUUUGUGGUUUUGGAGCUGGCUCAGGCUUAAACAAACACUGGGAGCAAACAUCAGUGUGUUAGGGGUCAAAGUCCUUGACUGUCCUGUCUGUUCACAGAUCAAAAUAGCACAAACACACCUAGUAAAACCUCAGAGAAGCAUGUUAUGACAAGAUGACACAGACAGUAAGAUGUGAUUAAAUGAUCCAGUGUAAUGGAACCUUUGAGCUUAGAUGCUAGUGACCACCAGACCGUGUCUCUCUUGGGGUUUCUGGGUAAAACUGCAUCUGUCGUGAUGCCUGUUAUAGCAUAUCACAACACUAAGAUACUUUGUGGUAGAAUUUUGUUGUUUUUGAUAAGGAAUUGGGUAAAGACACAGGAUUGUCUUUGUUAUACCUGCAAAUUAAGAAUGUGAAAUUAACUUUAUGCUGCCAUAAAGUGCAGUGGCAGCAGCAGCCUUUCAGUUUAAACUAAGCCUGGCUUGAUGUUGGCUGGUCCCAUGAUUAAAUCAUAGCUAUCAAGAAGUUAAAUAUUACUUUGACUUUCCCAUCUUUUCUGUGGUGUUUUGAUGCUUUGAUGAUGUAAAACUUUGAAAAAAGUCACCACUUUAUAGGUAAAACCUUCUUAAACUGCUGAGCACUGUUGUUAAAACAAAAGUGCAAUUAAUAGGGACUAUUUUCAGCUGCGGAUGAAUAAACAUAUAACAUUCCAGUAGUUUUUGGACAGCAGUGAAGCUCUGUGGCACAGAGGAAAACAGUAUUUGUUUUGGUUUUGAACAUAUAUUGGGUUUAGUGAUUAAAAGUAUAUAACACCUCCAAGUGAUUCUGUUAAAUGAACUUUCAUUAGUGCAAACAACUAAGCACUCCUCUUGCAUUUAAAGCCAAGUUAACGUAAAACACAUUGAUCACGCUUAUUUAUUUUUACUUUAUCGAAUGCUUUAAAACUUUGUCUUCCUAUAAUAUAUGUUCAAUGUUCCCAUUUUUUGAUUUUUUUUUAAAUAACUUCUCUGUAAAAAGUUCUCCACAAUAUUAACAUCCUGAUGUAGCAGUGCUGCUUUACGCUUCUCACAGUUUUUCCAGUGCCUGCUUUGCUUUAAAUGAUAAAAUCAUCUCUGGUGUAACAGGACAGCUCAGCCAAUCACGUUAUUCCAAGUCACCAUAACUGUAAAGCGAGUUAAACGAGUCUUCUCAGGCUUACUGUAGAUGGGGUACUGUAGGUACUGUUUUAACCUCUCCAGGCGAUGGUGCUACCCUCCCAGUGCUCCUGCUGGUCAGGUUUUUCUCUCCGGCAUGUAAACUCCUCGAUCGUAAUCUCAGACAUUUAACACUACAAUUUGUGGUUCGGGCGUAUUUUGAGUUUUUAUUUAUUUAAUGUAUUUUUUUUUUUUCUGUUUGUGUGUUGAACCGGCCAAAGUUUUGCACGGUUAACCCGAGCAUAAAAGCAGCUGGAUCUCAGUGGUUACAGACCAAACUUGGCAUAAAGAAAGCGGAUGAAUUUUGUGCCUUUGUUUACUACGUUCCUCUCAGUUUAUGAAUGAAGUAUAUGCUGCAUGUUAUGGUGUAUGCUCUCUGUCAUGUAACUUUUUUUCCUUAAUCUACCUUUUUUUUUGUUUGUUUUUGUUUCCAGUGUAUUCACUUGUAAAGAAACUACACAGUGAAUAUGGCAUGCUGCUUUUUUUUUUUUAACCUCAGAAAGAAACGUGUCAUUUCCUUUUACUCAGUGGAUUAAUUGUUGGUGGACUCAAAAGUGAAGACGUGUGUGGAUAAUGUCAAAUUUUUACAAAAUGAGACAAGAGGAGAGAAAUCGUAUCUGAAUUUCUUUGACAGAUGUUUUGGGGUUGGUGUACAAGUAUGUUUACUUUUGGGGGAAUGCAGGAUUUUACUUGAAUUUUUAAUAUUUGUAACUUUAGAAGUGGUUAGGAUGAAAAUGGGAGCAAAGUUGUGGGUAAACUUUGAAGGUAUGACUCACCCUGAAGUCGGACAUACACAUUUUUCCUCCAGCCUGUAGUGGUGUCUAUAAUCUUAAAUAAAAGGAGCUAAAUGUCCAUAGUCAAAGAAAAAAAUCUGAAUUUUAAAAUGUAAUUUGGGGAUCUCUAAGCUACAGAGUCAAGCACCAUAAAGACAAAAAGAUUUCUACAGCUGAUUUCUACCAAUCUGACCAACUCGUACUAGAAUUGUCUUGAUGAAUAAACAAGGAAAAAUCUGUAAGUUAGAUUUUUGGGGUGAACUGUCCCUUUAAGGCAAAAAAAGUUCAUUAGGCUGCUGCGUUUUCAUAAAAUCCUGCAUGUUUCACACAUAUUUUUGUCAUUGCUUCCAUCCAUUCUGUUAAUUUAUGUAAUUUCAGGGCAUUCAGAGUGAUGUUGGGGGAUUCUGCUGAGACUUUACUGUUUGCUUUGUUCAUGCCAUGAUCGUACAGCUCAUUCUGCUUAUGCUUAUGUGCUGUUUGUGUUGUGAUGCUUUUAAUGAAUCUCCCCAUGACACUGAAUGAUCUCUUGUCCUUUGUGUGUUUUCUUUGGAGUCAGCAGUCCUGGUUUUGAGUUUGUAUGUGAUGAUGGAUGAUUAAUAAAUGAGUUUAAAACGCAUGUGCAUAUCAAAUUAUGACACACCAGUAUUUGUAGAUGAUGUAUUGGGAGAUAAUGUCCUGGAUAUUGUAUGUAUUUACAUAUUGUGUGUGGUAAUAAUUCAGAUUUUUAAACCUCUAAUCAAAGCUGUCACGCGUGCCACCUCUCUUUUUGUAGUUUUUCACCUAUUAAAAUCAAACUGAA